AUGGCAGCACCUUCCCAAGAAGUUCCCAAGUCCAUCUUGAUUCUGGGCUCUGGAGUCUUUGGUCUCAGCACGGCAUACAGCCUGACGCAAAACCCAAAAUUCGCCAAUACAUCUAUUACCCUCGUUGACCGUAGUGCUUUCCCGGCACCCGAUGGCGCAAGCAUAGACAGCAGUCGCAUUGUCCGACCCGACUAUGCGGAUCUCCCUUACGCCCGUCUUGCUAUCGAAGCACAGGCACGCUGGAGGAACGAAUGGUGGGGACAGCAGGAUGUAUACCACGAGCCUGGUCUGGCGGUUGUGGUCAACAAGGACGAGUCCGACAAUGGCAAUGGCGAUCUGGGCAGGAAAUACAUGAGAGACAGUAUGGCCAACGUCGAGCGUUGCGGUCUCAAGCCAGGAAAGAAGAGCGAGGGUGGUGAAAUUGAAGCCAUGGAGACACAAGGAGACAUUAGAAACAUCUUCAGGGACUAUACAACUGCCGCUCAGGAGACCGCUGUUGCGGCUGCUGCUGCGACGGGCCAGGGUGGUUCCUCAGUAGGUGAUUUUGGCUACGUGAACUGGAGGUCCGGAUGGGCAGAUGCUGAGAAGGGCAUGCGUGUGCUGCGUGCCAGAGUUGAGGAGACAAAUCGUGUACACUUCCUCCACGCCUCAGUCUUCCGCUUGCAAUUCAGCAACGAUUCCGUCACUGGUUGCGAAACAGAUGAUGGAAGAGUCUUGACAGCAGAUCUCGUCGUCCUAGCUACUGGAGCCUGGACACCAGCCUUACUGGACCUUCGCGGCCGCUGCAGUGCAACAGGCCAGAUCAUUUCAUACAUCAAGAUCAGCGACGCCGAGCAGAAAGCUCUUGGAGGAAGACCAACACUUCUUAACGAGAGCAGCGGCCUCUUCAUCAUCCCACCCAUCAACAACGUCCUCAAGAUUGCUCGCCACGGCUACGGUUACUGCAACCCCGUCAGCAUCCCCCAUCCUGAAGACCCCUCCGCAGGAAAAAUCACCGUUUCCCUACCACGCACGCACAUCUCUCACCCUGGCCUGGAGAUCCCCGAGGAGGGCAAGAAGGCCCUUCGCUCUUUCCUCUCCGCCGUAUACCCUUCCCUCGCGACUCGCCCAUUCAUCUCCACACGCAUCUGUUGGUACACCGAUACACCUCGCGGCGACUGGCUCCUCUCCUACCACCCCAAGUACAAGAACCUAUUUGUAGCCACCGGCGGCAGUGGUCACGCCUACAAGUUCUUGCCUGUGGUUGGCGACAAGAUUGUAGAUUGCCUGAUGGGCAACCCACCAGCAGAGUUCAAGGACAAGUGGGCAUGGCCUGAACGUGAUCUUGAAGAUCAGGUCUGGACCAAGGAUUGGCGAGGCGGUAUCAAGGGUAUGGUUUUGGAAGACGAGNUCAAAAAGGGCGAGAACAAGGCUAGAUUGUAG